AUUUAAAGAAAAUAUAAUCAAUUAUUAGGAGCUGUUGUUCCUGCACACACCCGUGGUUCCAACCUUUUCGUUCUCGAAUCUCCCAAAUCUUCUUCUUCUUCUCUUCUUUUCAAUCCUCACCCUUAUUUUUACGCUCGAUCUCGUUCCCCUUCAUCUAAUUAAGAUUCCAUUUUCGAAUUUGAGGUUUUCUCUACGCAUCUACCAUUUCAUAUUCCAAUCAAACAAUUCUCAGUUUCUCAUUCCAGAGUUGCGAAUUUUGAUCCGUAAGGUUCGUUGUUGUUUACAGAAGCUAGGUUUUGCAAGGGAUGGUGGUUGUAAUUCUGGUCAGAAAAGGUUAUCGGAGAAAGAUCAAUGAAUUCUGAUUCGGUUUUGAGAAAAUAAUGUUGUAUCUGAAGCAACCUAGAGUUCAACGUAUGGGUUUGUAUUUCUGGAUUGUGAGGGUUUUGCAUUGUGAUGAGUCUGAAUUUUGGUGAUUUGGUGCUCUUUGCAUGCCAUUUUGGUAAUUUCCCUUGAGCCAGAGGCUCAGGGAUCUGAAAAUUAGCGACAAAAUAGUUAUGGCUUCGUCGGAGAAUUAUGAACCUUCUCACUCUCCUUCUCUCUCUGACGAAACGCAUCCUCCUUCCAAUCUAUGUAUGCAGAAAUUUAGGCUUUAUGAGACUCGAUCGAACUUUUACAUGAUUGGAAGGGACAAGAGUAGGGCACACUGGAGGGUACUAAAGAUUGACCGUCUAGAUCCUUCUGAGCUAAAUGUGCGUGAAGAUUCCACCACAUAUUCAGAAAGGGAGUGUUCUGAUCUUUUGAGGCGGAUACAUGAGGGGAACAAGUCCACUGGCGGACUUAAAUUUGUUACAACUUGUUAUGGAAUUGUUGGAUUCAUCAAACUUUUGGGGCCUUACUACAUGCUACUUAUCACAAAAAGAAGGCAAAUUGGUGCAAUCUGUGGUCAUACUGUAUAUGCUAUCUCAAAGACUGAGAUGAUUCCAUUGCCGAAUUCUUCUGUUCGGUCUAACAUCACCGAUUCUAAAAAUGAAAACAGGUACAAGAAGCUUCUAUGCACAGUUGACCUUACAAAGGACUUCUUUUUCAGCUACUCAUACCAUAUUAUGCGUAGUCUUCAAAGGAACAUGUGUGACGUUGAGACAGGCCACGUCCUUUACGAGACCAUGUUUGUCUGGAAUGAAUUCUUGACUCGAGGAAUUAGGAAUCACCUCCAGAAUACUUUUUGGACAGUUGCACUAGUUUAUGGCUUCUUUAAACAGGACACACUUGAGAUAUCUGGACGGGAGUUCAUACUUACGCUCAUUGCGAGAAGAUCUCGCCAUUAUGCUGGGACUAGGUAUUUGAGGCGAGGUGUUAAUGACAAGGGCAGAGUAGCAAAUGAUGUUGAGACAGAACAAAUAGUCUUUGAGGAUGUUCAAGACGGUUUUCCCAUCCAAAUGAGCUCUAUCAUCCAGAAUCGUGGCUCGAUCCCUCUUUUCUGGUCACAGGAAACUUCACGAUUAAAUAUUAAACCAGAUAUUAUACUGUCAAAGAAGGACCAGAACUAUCAAGCCACUAGACUUCACUUUGAAAAUCUUGUCAAAAGAUACGGAAAUCCCAUUAUAAUUUUGAAUUUAAUAAAGACCCAUGAGAAAAAGCCUCGUGAGGCCAUCCUUCGCCAAGAGUUUGCUAAUGCUAUAGAUUUCAUCAAUAAAGAUUUGUCUGAGGAAGACAGACUUAGGUUCCUUCACUGGGAUCUGCACAAACAUUUUCAGAGCAAAGCUACAAAUGUGUUGCUGCUUCUAAGCAAAGUGGCAGCAUAUGCAUUGGCAUUAACGGGUUUUUUCUAUUGCCAAGCGUCAUCAACCUUGAGACCUGAAGACUGUCUAAAAUGGCCACCUACAGAUGAUGCUGUCAAGAGAAGUUUUUCAUCUACCAGAAGAGCUGAUGACGAUGAUGAGGAUGCUAAUGAUUUAGAGAGGAGACCAAGUGACGAGAUCAAUGUUUCUAAUGAAAAUGGUUCUGCUAAAUCACCCAGGUUACAAAGGGGGGUGCUCAGGACCAACUGCAUAGACUGCCUAGAUCGCACAAAUGUUGCACAAUAUGCGUAUGGGUUGGCUGCUAUUGGCCACCAGCUUCACUCUCUGGGAAUUGUUGAGCACCCAAAAAUUGAUCUUGAUGACCCGGUAGCCAAUGAUUUGAUGCAGUUUUAUGAGCGGAUGGGUGACACACUUGCACAUCAAUACGGUGGUUCUGCUGCACACAACAAGAUAUUCUCCGCGAGGAGAGGCCAAUGGAGAGCUGCAACACAGUCUCAGGAGUUUUUUAGAACUCUUCAACGUUAUUACAGCAAUGCUUGGAUGGAUGCCGAGAAACAAGAUGCAAUCAAUGUUUUCCUGGGGCAUUUUCAGCCACAGCAGGGUAAGCCUGCUCUGUGGGAGUUGGGCUCAGAUCAGCACUAUGACACGGGGAGACUUGGUGAUGAUGAUGCAAGGUCAUUUUUCAAAAGAUCAUUCUCAGAUGGAAACUUUCUCCGAGAUAGCUCUACACCUAUGUCAGCUCCAAAUGCUAAGAUUGAAAAAUCCUCAAAUCCAGGUUUACCAGACCGAUCAGGAGAAGGGAGCAAGGCUUUUUGUGAGUCUUCACCUGAAAUAUCUACUGCCGAGCCUGAGUGUGACAUUUCAUUUUCAAGAUACACUCCCUCGAUGCCCAGGAGACAGCUUUUUGUGGACAUGCAAAAAGAGCGAUGUGCUGAGACUCGGCAUAUUUACUAUUCUGAACAUGUGGAUUCCUUCACCUGCUCCAACUUUGUGGACCUGGAUUGGUUAUCUUCUUCAGGAAAUUCAUGUGAAGAAGAGCCAUACGAGAGGUCAUCUAUUACCAGCUCCCCGGUUGCUGUACUAUCUUCAGAAAAUGUUGUCAAUGGAGUGGUAGUUGGAGAAACAGCUGCCUCCACUAGUGAUUGGGCCAGCUCCAGCCUAAAGGUACCUCCAGUUAUGGAGAGUGAAGCAAGUGAGUCAGAGGCAUCCUACCGUGAUGCACAGACCAACAAUCCAGAUGAAUUUCCUGAUACUUUUGUUGAAUGGGUGACUUAUGGACAGACACUUUGCCAUUGAACUUUUGCACGUGACCCUUUGCACUGAUAUACUAUAUAAUUGACAUUUAUUUAAAUUGACUCGGCCUUGGCUUGGUCUAAAGAUGCUGAUUAGAAGAUUAGAGAGAGCUAAUGAUAAGGAAUCGCGGAAAGGUGAGAAACAGGAAUUUGGGUUGACUUCUCCAUAUGAUCAUAACCUAAUAAGAAUCCGGCGACCGUUGUCAGAAAUGUUGACAUGCAUUAUUUAGUGCAAAAUAGUACAUAGUAAAUGGUUGUAAAAUUCUAGUUGUCUUAUCCUUUUUGUUGUUGCUGUUGUUUCCAUGGAGUUUACUGUUUUUAUUCUUCUUUGGCCAGUUAAGAUCAUACAGUAGGCGCACUUUUUGUAAAUAUUGUUGCUUAAUUAUGGGAGCUAUACUUUUAGAGUUGUA